AUGAUACACGGAGGAAGUGAAACAUUUCUCCGAGAUGUGCUUGAAAGUAUACUGAAAACGUAUUUGAGGAAGAAUCCGAUGGCGAAGACAGUAUGGGAACUAGUUCAGUCGGUGGACAACGAAAAGAUCUCAUACGACCAUUUCUUUUUCAGAACAUUCAAGGUCGAUGGAUACGGAAUAGAAUCCUUGUCGAGUUUUUUCAUGGAUUAUGGAUAUACAAUUGGAGGCAAACUUGAUUUUCCAAAGAAGAAGGUACAUGUUCACUGGCUUUCUCCUCCGGAUGUUCACGUCCCCGGUGAUGGUCUCGGUCUAGGCAACGGUCCUUUACCACGAAUUGUUAUAGCAGAGCUUCUUGUGGACGAACUGAGCCCUGAAUCACAGGAGAUAAUAAGGAAGUAUUUGAAACCUCAAGGUGGUAAGCAAGCAGUUCUUUCAAGUACCAUGGGGUCUUUAAUUUGGGAUAAGCCAACAUCCACCGACUUCAAUCAUCUUGCCAAAUCAAAGAAUUUCAUAGGCGUGAGGGCCUCGAGCAGGCUAGCGCCUAUCACAUAAUGGAAAGCACCCGUUUCACAGCACAAGCAUAGAACCAGACUUUGUCUUGUUCGGCUCACUAUGUCACAUAUGUGUGUAUCUUUAAAUGUUAGUAUGUUAUCUGGACCAUUUGUGUGCAAGAUCCUUUAUUAUAAAGUAAUGAUAAAUAAUGGAACUUGUGGUGUUUUUCAUUUUCCAAAUAUAUAUAAUCAUUUGUGUGAAUGAUAUUUAGUGUAUGUUCUAAUUUACUUGGGUUUUAUUUAUUCAUCCAAUACAAAAGCUCUUUUUCUUCUUCUA